AUGUUUACAGACUUCUCGAUUGACGACCAAGGCCAAGAAGGAGCCGGGGCCCUGGCUUCGUCGCCUCGGCGGCACCCGCAGCCACGUCAUUGGCCCGGAGUUGACGACACACCUUCGGUCCGUCGCCGCCGCAGCCUCGGCAUUCAUCCAGCACCUGGUUCGUCUAUUGGGAUGGAUGCGGAUCUGGCGACGAGGUUGGGCGAAUGGCUUACGACCAUCUGGGCCUAA